AUGACAGAUGCAGUCUCGGUCGCCGUCGGUUGCGCUGUAGGGAUCCCUUGUGGUGUAGCAAUAGUCGUGGCACUGUUGUUUUGGUAUCGAAUGCAGCGUAGAUUCAAGAAGGAACGUGAAGAAGAUAACGAAUCUAUGAAUGAUGAUGGUGAAAUCAGCUUCAAUAAUUUGGUACUGACGCAAAGAAGGGGAGCAGAAAAAGAGCCGGAUGUUAACCACGUUGUAGCAGGUUCCGGUUCCUCCGAGGAUACCACAAACCAGGAGGAAAAGAUUGUAGACAAUACACGGGGAGGAGAAGUACAGAGAUCAAGGAGUAAGUACACUCCUGCUUAUCGGAAAAAGCUCAAUUCUUCUUUGUCCACUUACCAUCAAACAAGGAGUAGUGAAGAUUUCAAAAGUGCUAACAACAGUUCAUCAGCAUCCCUAGAUACAAGGCAAAACCUCACAAAUCCCUCUACGAUGUAUGAUCAAAUUAUUCCAAUGCUCCCUCAAGAUCAGAGUGGCUUAGAAAGUCCUUCCGACAUCAGCCUAUCUAACGAGCAAGUGGCUAGUAACGAGAAUUUAAUUAAAAAUCUCCAAAAUCAGGACUUUGGCUCUUAUCCCAGGAGGAAGCCUUCUAUAAACUCAGCCAUUACUGGCCAGGCCAACUUUUCCAGCACAUCCGUACACACAAGAUCAUCAUCUAUUCAUUCCAACUCCAAGAAAAGUGCCGAAAAUGUUUUUGAAACGCCUAAGAGUCAAAAGAUUAUAAUGCAUGAUGAUGAUAGUGGCGACGACAAGAAAUCAAGCGUCUAUAUGUUGAAAAACAACUACGAUGUUGGAAAUGCUGCUGAAAUUGCAGAAGAAGAUCAAUAUGAAAAUGAGUUCACAAACUACACUGAAAGUAAAAGAGAAUUCAUCGAUAGCUUGAGGCCAAGAAAGCUGUAA